ACUUUUCAGGCGACCUGGAUCACCGACCACCCAGAUACUGUAGUAGACUGGCGCGCGAGACUCGAACUAGACUCUGAAGUCACUAGACUAUCUGAAGCACUAAAAAACGCCUCACCAGAGAAAGGUAGUCGAAACACACCGUUCACCUCGCAACUAAUCUACGAACAACUGCUUUCUGUCUGCCGCAGUCUGUCUUUGGUUGUUCCAAGUUUCUUGCUAUGCGGGGUGGAUCUCCAACGGCCAGGAGGCUUGUUAUCAUCGAACGGUUCUCUCCACAUGCAUCUGUACGGCAACACAGACUUGGGAGCGCAUCUCGGGAUGCGGGAUCUUCAACGAGGCUACAAAGUUUGCGUUUUAUACACUGCGGAUAUCUAUGUCGAAUCGUCGAUGGCCGUUGAGACGAAUCUACAAUCUUUUCAAGCCCAGGAACGCCAUCAUGAAGCUCAGCCAGCGCACACACUCUCUCCACCGCACGCGAGCGAGCGCCUCAAUGACUUGGACAGUCCUCAGGCACGUGCGCAGCCUCCUUCUGUUCCUUCUGAUAUAAACGGAAACUGCCAAAAUCUGAAAAUAAAGAAGAGCCUUUUGCCGCAACGGCCAAGGAACAUGAACAAUCUGACAGACCGUGGGCAAGCCUCAAGUAACGACGGUAUUGUACCUACGUCAGCACGUGGUCAGGUAAGGUAG